AUGUAAUUAAACGAUUAUAAAAUCAACCGUAAACUUUUAAAGUUUACUAACAAUAUAAAUUUCAUUGGAAAAAACAAAUACCUUUCAAGAGAAUCGAGUGCUAAUAAGAUGGAGUAAUCAAUAUAUAAGUCUCUCUCAUCGAGUUAAUUAUUAACAAAAUCCCAUAGAGACAACAGUCAUGUGAAAAGCAAAAUACAAGAAAUAUCUACAAUUGGCAGUAUUUACAGCAAGGAUUCAGCAUAUUUUAACAGUCUAUCAAAUGAACAAUUAAAUAUUCCACCAAUACGAUCCCUAAACAAAGAUGAUGGUGAUAAAUUAAUUGCAAAUCUUAACAAACAAAUUAAGUAACAAAAUCUUUUAAUAUCUAAAUUAAAAUAGCAAAUCAUUACUUAAUCUACAGAUCUUGAUAAUAUGUCUUAAAUAAAUGAGUAAUUUUUAGAAAAACAAUAAUCGUAUGAAGAAAUUACUUAAAGUUAUCAUUCCUCUAAUUAAAAAAGUAUUAAAACUUACUAAAUUUAGUAUUAUAACUAGCGUAAAUUAGAGAGAUAUAGCCUUACACUAAUAAUUAUUUAGAGAUUGUAACAUAAAUAUAUACAGAUGAUUAUUAACUCUAAGUUGCAACAUAAUGGAGAAAUCAAAAAUUAAAGUUAAAUUUCAUUAGAAAAUGGUUAACAGCUACAAAAUCUUUAAUAUUAAUUAACAAAUUUGCGAAAAAAUUAGAAAAAAAUAGGUUAUAGUAAUAUUAUUAUCAAUGGAAACGAUUUUUAAUAUUGAAAUCAAGUCUUUUGGAAUUUAAUUAGGUGAAAGAAUUAAGGAUAAAGAUUUUGCAUUGGAAACAAUGGAAAAACUAUAUAUUAACAAAAAAGCAGUACGAUAAGAAUCGUAUCUAGGCAAUUUAGUUCUAUACUAAAAAAGUGUUAUUUAAACAUUUUCAAAGACUAAAAUAACUUUAUUUACAAAAUAAUUAUUAUUUAACAGUUUUCUAAAAUUUAUAAUAAUAGGCUGGAUAACAAUUAGGUUUAUUGAGAUAAUUUUAAGUAUUAAGUUAAACAAUAUAUUUAGUGCUUUAGUAAGUGGAAAUAGCAAAUUUUAAAUAGGAAAUUAAUUUAAAGCAAGUUAACUAAGUAUUUAAAACAAAAAUAAGUCAUUACAAGAUAAAAUGUUUUUGGAUUUCUUUAAAUAAAUAUGAAAUAUUAUUAGUAAAGGAAUUAAAUCAUUAUGCAUGAUAGAAUUAAAAAUAAAUAACAAAAAAUAUUCGUAUAAAUUAAAGAAUAUUAUCAUGGCAUCAGAUUCAAAGAAGAUUAAAUUAAAUUAAAUAGACCAUACUUUAUGAAAUAUCAUUUUUGGAAAAGAUGGUCUCAUUAAUAUAAUACUCAAGUGUAGUUAAUGAUUAAAGAGGAGAAAAUUAAAGAGAAGAGAUAUUUCAACUUGAUCUAAAAAUGUAUUAUAUUCAUAUUUAUCUCAGUAUUCAAUGUAUUGAAAGGAAAGGCAAUUUACAAAAAGAUCUAAAAAUAGAAUUCUGAUUUAAUAAGUUAAUAAUACAAUAGAAGGAUUAUUAAUUAAUCUUUAAAGAUUUGGCUGAGUAAUUUAUUAAAAUAAAAAAUUCUCCUUGAUUAAGAAUAAAGUUGUUGCAUUUCUUAAUUGAUAGUCAUAGAUUAAUAGCAAUCAGUUGAGGUUAUUGAACUAAGUCAAAAUUAUCAAAGUAAACUAGAAUAGCUAAAAAUGUAUGAAGAAGAAGUCAAUAACUUUUAAAUGAUAUAAGCAAAUUAAAAUUAAAUUUAAAAGGAAUUACAAAUGCAAUAGUAUAUAUUUAUCAUAUAUUUUGUGAUCAAGUGCAAUAAGAGUUGAUAUCAUGCAAGCAAUUGUUAAACAAUUAUCCAAUUGAUUAAGAUGAGCUGUAAAUAUUGAGAGAACAAAAUAAAUUAAUUGAAGAAUAAAUACAACAAUUUAAAUAACAAAAUUUUUGUAAAAUAUAAUGUUAAUUAUAGAUCCAAUUGAAAUUUGUAACUAAGAAUAAGAAAAAUUGAAAUUAUAAUUGGAAGCCAAUAAUUCUAUUUUUAAUUAAUAAUAAGAGAAAUACAUUGCCUUAUAAAAAGAAUAUUCUUAAAUAGUAAUUGACUAUGAGAAGAGAAUUCGUAAUUUAGAAAACCAUUACUUAGAAUAGAGUAAAUAACAGAGAAUAUAAAUUUAAAAUAGUAGACUUAUUUUUUUUAUGAAUUAUAGUUUUGAAAGGGAAUCCUGAUUUUGAGAUCUAAUUGAGUAGACGGUAGAGUUCAUAACCGGAAUAAGUAUCAGAAAACAAACUAUCAAAUAUCAAUAGAUAAAAUUUUAACACUCAAAAUUCUCCCAAGAAAGAUAUUUUAAAUUAAUAGUAUUAAUAGAUUUAAAAAUAGAAUAAUUUAAGAUGAUACAACAGUUAAUUUGAGGGAAGAUAUAAAAAAAAGAUUAGCUUAUUUAAAAUUUUAGAUGGAUUAACAAAACUGA